UAUUUAUUCGUCCCUCCUUUCCUCCUUAUCACUUACCACGGAUUACACACCAUUUACGCAAUCUCGAUCUCAAUCUCGAUUGACACUCGUAUCGCCGAUAAUCCUCAGCUCAGAUCAAAUCCCGAAAUUCCCCUCGAAAGUGAUUAAUAAAAAUUAACAAUAUCGCUAUUGGAUACACAACAUCAUCAAGCGGAUUUUUUAACCGAGGAGUUUAAAUACCGGGGCCCUACUUAGGGGCCCCAAAUUUUAUUUUCCCGCCUUAAGGCGGCUUAAGGAAAAAAAAAUGGAGCAGUUUGAACAACUGCUUACAUGCGCGAUCUGUUUAGAUCGAUAUCGAAAUCCAAAACUUUUACCAUGCCAACACAGUUUUUGCAUGGAACCGUGCAUGGACGGACUUGUCGACUACGUCAGGAGACAGGUCAAGUGUCCAGAAUGCCGAGCGGAACAUCGUAUACCUUAUCAAGGUGUACAAGCAUUUCCAACAAACGUAACCCUCCAACGGUUCCUGGAACUGCACAUAGAAAUAACCGGAGAACUGCCAGACCCGACCAGCGGACAGACAAUGGAACGGUGCGGCGUCUGUUCGGAAAAGAGCUACUGCUCCCUCUGUGUUCACUGCGACAAAAAGUGCUGUCCCGAGUGCAAGGACGCACAUAUGGAUAUCCUUCGCCGUGAAAUCACGAGGAUCAAUUCACAGAUAAGACGUGGGUUACACCGUUUGCAAGAUGCCUUGGCUCUAGUAGAAAAAAACACCCUAAGCCUGCAAACAAACUGCGCUUCUGUUACGGAGGAGGUCGACGAGAUCUACAGACGACUCAGCAAAGCCUUAAAGGACAGAACUGAGCACCUGAGGAACGAAAUUGAUCGUUACUCUGGCACAGAAUUGAGGCUCUUGAUUCAGUUGAAAGAGAAUUUGGAGCUGGAAAUCGCAAAUAUUCAAAGCAAUUGCGAUCUUGCUGAGGCUCAUAUCAAUGAAAAUGUUUCUUGGGACGACGCGGAACUUCUAGACACCAAAGAACUGUUCCUUCGCACAGUUGAAUUCAUCAGGAACUACGAGUAUGAAUUGGGUGAUUACGGACGGAGAGUAAGAUUUGUAAUGGCGCACGAACCCAAUCAGUUGGUUCUGCACGUGGCCGGUUACGGCGAGCUCAAUAUCAAGCCGGAAACAGGCAGCACCGGGCACUUAGGAACCACUGGAGGAUUAGCGCCCCCUGGGGGUUCUCCAGGGCUGAUGAGAAGUAAAAGUGAUCAUCGGCUAGCUUCUCAGUAUCGCCAAGAAGAGGAACGAUUAUCGAGGAACCGAUAUGUUCCUGAUUAUGAAUACGACACCCCAGAUUACGAAGCGCCACGCAACAAAUCCCGUUAUCGGAGCCGAUUUAUGCGUCAACGGGACGGAGAGGAGUCUGACGGUGACACUAGAUCCAGCGUUCGUUUUUCUUCGUCAGCGGAGCAAGCACCCCGCGAAAAGGUAUUAUACACAGAGGAUGCCGCCCGCGGGCCAAUAUCCGGCAUCUUCCGCUUAACCGACUCGCCGAGGGUUAUGAAAAAGUUACAAGAGUGCGAGAGGGCGAGUAAGCGCAAAAAAGAUGACCCGGCUGUCGUAACACCCAUUGCAGCUGCUCCCACGCAAACACAACCGCCCAAAACCACCCAGGUACAGCCGAAGAAGAGUCCAGCCCCGGCCAAGCAGUCCAGCGAAGAUGAUGAAAUUUCAAGAAUAAAAAAGCAGAACAAGGCGAACCCGCAAGCAGAGGCCGUGGAGGAACGACCACCGGCGACACCUACCCCGGUGGCACGCGAACCUGAAACAGAGGAUCGGAGACCAGUUACCAGAAGGACGUCCUCAGAACCCCACACGCCGGGAGUGAGAAGCGCGUCUUCGGACUCAAGCACCGGAUCUGAGAGUUCCGCUGGCUCUGGAAUCCGAAGUACCGGCGCUACCUUCACAACUGAGGAGAUGAAGCAGAAGUACCUCUCCAGGGCGCCACCUCAGACUACAAACACCAACAGUCUAUCUUCUACUAACCCGAUUAGAGAAUCUGCAAGCGCUACAACUGCUCCCAGUCCUCGGCCGUUUCAAAGCCGUUUUUUAGGUAACCGCGCAACACCACCAGCUCCCAGCCCAGCGCCAGUUCCUGAGAAGAAAAAGGAGGAAGAAGACGACGACGACACCUCUAGUUCCUCGGAAGAAACAGAAACAGAGACCGAGGAGUCUGAAACAGACACACGGACGUCUUCAGCGCCAGCUACCAGCGAACGCCGGGAAGUAGCCAUGGCUAAGACCGACAUCGGGCCGCUGUUGGCUCGCAGCGCUGAAGCGAGACGUGGCAGUAAAGAAGAAUCACCGUCUACUAGAUACUCAUCUCCUCGUGGUAGUCCAGCUCUAUCAGCAUCCUCGCCAACAGGAACAUCAUCUCCAAGCGGCUAUACCAGCAGAUUCCUGAACAAGAGCAGAAGUCAAGCGGCGGUAACAGCGCCGCGGGAACGAGAGCGUGAACGAGAACGAGAACCGGAACCGGAAGUCGAGCCACUGUCUCCGCGUUCACGUUACGCUGCUUUGAAAGAACGACGUCAACGAGUGGCACGCUCUCGAAGUUCCCACAAUUUCGGCAACGACGACAUCGACCUGGACGAAGACCCCCCGUCGCCCACCACCCAGUCUCCGAACGCGUACUUGGCAGCCAAAUACGGAGCCGGCUCGGAACUGGCCCGGAGCCGCAGCACGCAUGCCCUCAAGUCCCGCGAACCAAGUCCCGAACGCGAGCGCCCCGGUGCGGAGAAAGAUGGCGCUGCACUCAGUUCCUGGGCGAGGUACCUCAAGAACAAGUACGGGAACCGCAGCACCAAGGACAAAGAGCCGACUUCUACGUCAGCGAUUCCUUCCUCCAGCACAAGUGCUGCCUCGCGAAGACUUUCUCUGGGAUUGCCACUCAGACAUGCCGGGCAAACUUCAUUCGAAUCUUCUGAUGACGACCAAAAAAACCCGUCAGGCUCCCCCACGUCUCCUACAGCAGCUCACGGUAUCCCCGCGGUAGCAGGUUCCUCCACUAGGAAUCAGUACCUGCUAAAGCGGAAACAGUUGCUGAAAUUCGGGAUGCGGGGGAGCGGAGCCGGAUGUUUCACCUGGCCUCGCGGCCUGGCUGUUGGUCCUGACAAUUCGAUCGUCGUGGCAGAUAGCUCCAACCACCGGGUACAAGUCUUCGACGGAAACGGAAAUUUCGUCAAAGAGUUCGGUACCUACGGAAGCGGCGAAGGCGAGUUCGAUUGUCUAGCCGGAGUCGCAGUUAACCGGAUCGGCCAGUUCAUCAUUGCCGACCGGUACAAUCACAGAAUCCAAGUUCUCGAUCCAUCAGGAAGGUUCUUGCGUGCCUUCGGGUCACAAGGCACGGGCGAUGGACGAUUCAACUAUCCCUGGGGCAUCACUACUGAUGCAUUAGGAUUCAUCUAUGUUUGUGACAAAGAAAAUCAUCGUGUUCAGGUGUUCCAGUCCGAUGGAACAUUCGUCGGAAAGUUCGGUUCCUGCGGCAGCGGCCGCGGACAGUUGGAACAUCCGCACUACAUCGCGGUCAGCAACACGAACCGAGUGAUCGUCAGCGACAGCAACAACCACCGGAUCCAGAUCUUUGACGUCGGUGGUCGCGUUCUGACCGCCUUCGGUUCCGAGGGUUCCGACGACGGACAGUUCAAAUUCCCAAGAGGUGUCGCUGUCGACGACCAGGGAUACAUUAUUGUCGCGGAUUCCGGGAACAACCGGAUCCAGAUCUUCACUCCAGACGGCUUGUUCCUCAGAGCCUUCGGGAACUGGGGAAGCGGUGACGCUGAAUUCAAAGGCCUAGAGGGCGUUGCUGUUACUUCUGUUGGGAACAUUGUUGUUUGCGACCGCGAAAAUCACCGAGUUCAAAUUUUCUAAUCUUUAUUUCUGCUUUAUUUUAUUUAUCAUUGUUAUUAU